UCGGUGCAUUAGUCCAAAAUAAUCCGUUGGCCAGUGAUCAUAGUACACAACUUAUUCACACCUAUUUCCACACGAGCCCACGCAAACAUAACGUGUUUUCAGUUAGAGAUUAUCACAUUGAAUCGAAAUGUUGUGUUCUUAGUUUAUACUGUGAAAAAGUGACAAAUUUUGCGGGGUUCGUGCAUAAAAUCUGUUUUCAACUACCAUUAAACCCCAUUAAUAUAACUGUGUCUGGAAGAGCUUAUUUAAUUUAGAAAAUAUUUAAGUUAAAUUAAUUAAAUAAUUAAACAUAUGGAAUCUGAAUUGUCAGCAGAUAAAGAGAAAGAUUUACCACCGGUGCCUAUAAAAACAUACCAAUGGGAAGACCUGAGAAAAGCUCGUGAGGCGGGAGGAUACCCUUGGACGCACCUAUUGAAGGCGCCGCUUCAAGGUGAAAUCACUGCUGAGGAUAUCAUCAGAGAAACGACGCCUCGAAGAAGCAUGUCGCGAGAGUUCUCAAGGUCUCGGACGCACUCACCGGUUGACGGCGACGUCCAAAGGAUUCUCAAUCUUGAUUCUUCUCCUGGAAGUAGCCGCAAACACGGCGAAGAAGGUGAAGAUGAGGGAGUACAUGUGCCAAACUUUUCAAAAGAAAUAUCUUUGGAUUCCGAAGACGAUGUCAUAAAUCAGGCUGUGAAAGCUUAUGUAGUUAAACGUCCUGAAAGUCAAGCUAGUGCCCAUUUAGCAACGCCAAUCGAGAUACCUAAAAAUGUGUCCCCUAAAGGUAUUCUCAAACGUCGAGUACCAGAACAACAAUACAGCAUAGGAGUGACAUCAGAAACAAGAGAAAAAACUAAAUGUUGUCAUCCUUUAGUUAACAAGAUUAAACAUUUAGCAGAUAAAACCUUACAUAAACUCGAAAGAAAUGAAAAUGAAAAAUCUCCUGUUUCAAAACGAAAGAAAAAUGAAGAUGGUCAAGAAAUACGACAGCUGAAAUCUUCACCUGGUGCUGUCCGAAGACAAAAGUUUAGUGCAAUAAAGUUAGGUGAUUCUGAUGAAAUGAGUAAAACCAUGGUAGUAGAAACACCACCGUCAAGAAAAAAAAAGGAGCAUAUAUAUGAAGAUAUAGAAGAAGGUAAAGACGUGCAUUUUUCUCCGGAAGUUAACAAGGAGAGUGUUGGAAAUGACGAUGAAAACAAAAGCAAUAGCAAUAAGGAAAAUGAAAGUCUUUUUGAAAAGAAAUCAAUUGCAUCGCAAGAUCCCAGUUUAGUUUUCGAAAACACAAGUUUAAAAUCUGACGAACACAUCAUGGAAAAAUUGCAUAAAUUUGAUAACGUCAAUAAAGAAGCGGUAAUUUUAGAUGAAGAAAUGGACGCAGAUGAACCUAACGUGGAUGAAAUUUUCCAAAACCAAUUAGACGAAAGAGGACCUAGCAACGACUCUCCCAACAUAACUAUCACGGAGUUAACGGGAGAAGAUGCUGAAGUUCACGGAGACCAGCCAACCGCCACGCCUAUCGAGUCAUCACCCAGCCCUAGCCCACGCGACGUCGACGAUCGCAAAAACAUAGAGUUCCCGAACAGAAAAUGGUCUAAACCCAGCAGUGAUCACGAAUAUGAAAUCAUCGAGAAACCACCACCGAAUAUAAUUUACACUGCUCCUAGUGUAGACGAAAAACCAAUUAAAUUGGUUAAGACAGAUGAUGAAUUGUCUAGUACUACUUCUCUGGAGCGAAAAUAUUUACAGCAUACAUCGGAUGACGAGGAACAACUAGAUGAGAAAGAUAAUUUGCAUGAUGAUAACAACGAAGAAAUGAUGAACGCCGAAGCACUCCAAAAAGAUAUUGAGGACAGAUAUUUCGUAAACACACCAUCGACUCCUUCACGCACAGAAUGUGAAGUUAGCACUAGUCAGGUAGACUCGUCAGCCUUAGAACAGUUACCUUUAAAGCGUGACAGUAGGUCUAAAAAUGCCGACAGUACUGAUAACAAAAUUCAACAGCGUAUUAAGGAGGGCACAGGUAAAUUGAAAACACAAGCCGGAAAAUUAAAGACUAAAUUACAAAAUAUUAAAACAAAACAAUUUACGAUGCCAGACAAGCCUAAAUUUACGAUGCCGGAACGACCUAAAUUCAAAAUGCCACAAAGGCCCAAAAUAUCUUUGCCUGACCGACCCAAAUUUACAUUUCCUGAUAGGAGAAAAUUUAGUCUACCUGAUCGGCCUAAAUUUAACAUAGCAGAAAAAUUAAAUCGCUCAAAGUUCACGCUACCAGAGAGGCCCAAAUUUAGUGUUCCUGAUCUCCCGAAAUUCCGCAUGCCCGAUAAGCCGAAAAUUAACUUUCCCAGCCUUGGUAGGAAAAAAGUAGCUAGUGAGUCCUCGGAUCCAAACAAUGAAGCAACUAAUGUAGCCACAGUAGAUUUUGAAGCUAGGACCUAUCCGAGACUCUUCAAUAGAAAGAAAAAGUCAGAGUUACCUAAGACGUCAUCAUCUCCGACACUCAAUAGGGAAGACACGCCACCUCCCACUUUCACAUUCACUAGAGUAAAAAAAUCUAAAGAAGAACCCACCUAUAUCCCAGACAGUCCUGAACAGCCACGUGAAUAUGGUAAUAUUGACAAUGAUGACGAGAACUUUGAGAUGGAAGACAGCAGGCGGGUCGAAACAACUUACGACUUUGAUAAAAUGACAUCGGAAUACAUGGACGAUGAGCCUGAAGCGAGUAAUAUAGAGCACGAUCACAAUAACUCAUCCCUACCCGAUUCACUGUCCAAACAAGAAUACACACAUGUCAUAACCGAAAUUAAUAAUGACGAAUUUUUCGUUCGACCGAGAGGUAUUUCUCGCGAAGAUAUUCAAACCAGAGAAUACUUGAGCGACGAAACUCGAAAAGCGUUCCAAAAUCCGAAAAAUGUUCUUUCAAUGAUAGGGAACGAUUCGGGUUUGAACGACGAACAUAUGUACGUCAACGAUUCUGAAGCUGAUCCUGAGCUGAUGAUCGAUGACAACGACCAAAUGAGGUAUUCAACCGAAGAUUUGAAUGAUAAAGACGAUGGAUAUUAUACAUUCCCACCGGUGAGACCUUCACGAGCUAAACGAAAGAAGAAAGAGGAGGAAGCUACUUCGUACAUAGACGAUAGCGUUAACGCCAGUAUGCAAUUUAGCGAGGUUGACUUAGGGCUGCCAGAAGAACAUCAUAAUGAGCGCCAUGAUGAGCAUCACGAUGAGCAUCAUGACGAGCAUAUCAGUGAAGUCGAAGAAAAUAUGCUCCACGAUAUGCACAUGAACAGUCAUCUCGACUUCACCCCUACCACUGAUUUGCACUCAAUACAUGAAUAUGCAAACGAUGAUGUUAUUCAAUAUCCUGAGACCAUCCCUAUACAAUCUCAAACACUCCCGAUGCCACCAAAACGAAAGAAAAGGUUUGGGAGGAAGGACUACAAACAUUCGUCUCUGAAUGACUUCAAUAAUGUGACAGCUUCAGACCUAUGGGAACAACCACAGGAACAUGAAAAUGCGGACGAUAUCAUCGUGUACCGCACAGAACACGAGUACAUCGUACCGCAAGAUUACGUUCAGUCUACUGUGACUGAGCAGAGCCCCGUGCCUCCGAGGCGCACCCGCUCGAGGAGCUCGAGAGGCACUUCUCUUUGCGACGACGACCGCACGUCUCACGGCGCUGAAUCACUAAUCCUUGACACACAUAUUGCUCCAGCUGAAGAAGAUGUCGAGAGAGAAAUACGUCACGAGAGCCCUGGCUACGCAACGGUUGACAAAGGUCCCUACGUACCCAGCAAAGGCGUCAGGCGGUCUAAGAGCAAGACUCCACCAAGGCGCCGCAAAAGCAAUAGCUCUGAACGCAAAUAUUACACGGUAGGACCUAAUAAACCUGUUGUACCUGACCGUCCACCAAGGAAGAAGUCCUCGACCAGUCUCAUGACGUUAGACAGCUUGACUAAACGAUCAAUCAGUGGAGAUUUAACCCAAUACGUUGAAAUAGAUGAACCAUUUGAAGAAACUAACAAAGACUUAAAGUCUGGAGAGGUUGUGAAUAAAAUGAAAGAUAGGCCACUGCCUCCACCACCACGUCCACCCAGAGGUUCCAGACGUAGGACCAGAAGUAAAAGAAAUAUCCAGCGUGACUACUCUGCUGACACGGGUUCGGCUACUGGCAUAUCACGCGACUUUGAUGACGAUCUAUCAAAACCAGAUGAUGUUGUAGAGAUUGAAGUUUCCACUCAGACUGAUCCGCUUCCCGAUGACGUAGAUUUUGAAUUAGGUAUGGAAGAUAAUCUAGACUUGUCAAUGUCGAGCUCAUUAAGAGAUAUGAUUGAUGAAGACUCAAUGCACACCAAGAGUCAUCCUAAAAUAUUAGAUAGCCCUCGUAUAUCUCGACCAACUUCACGAUCAGAAAAGUCUUUAAAGCUUUCUGAACCCAAGAUUUCUGAACUAUCUAAACCCAACCUUGGACGUACGUCCCCUACAGUUAUAUUAGUGGAAAGGCGUGUUUCGAGUCCUACUAGGAUAAACGAACGCGAAGUAAUGUUAACUGAGGCUUCGUUAACCGUUCAACCUAUAGACAUCGAUGAAUCUCAAAUCCCGGACGUUCCACCAUUGCCAAGGUCAAGGGGCAUGGCUCAGAGUUCUAAGCCCGCUGCGCCUCAAAGUGAGGAACGAGCACUUGAAAAAGUGGUUGACUCAAGUAGGGAAGUACAGUUAGAUAAUUUAGUUACCCAAAGGCUGCAGGUGAGAGAUUUAGAUGUAGGUCGCCUUAAUGUAUCGGAACUUCAAGCCAACAAGAUUCUGGUUUCAGAUAUAGAAGGGAUGACAUUGCAAGUUUCAGAAUUAGAUUCCAAAUCCGGUCACAUCUCUGUUAGCGGAAUUGAAUUCUCUCAGUCAGUAAUAGACGAGAUUGUCAAAAAGUUUGCGGAAAUAUCUACUGCCCAUGCCCCUCCACCACCGCCACCUCCUCCCACGACUACUUUAGAAGUUAUUGAAACUCCAAGGCCAGUGAGUAGAGAAGAACAUACUCAAACAGAUGAUCUCCCUGAAGAAAAGCUGGAACCCGUAGAAACUAUUGAAACUAAAGUCGAAACAAAGAUUGCCCUUGAAGAAGAGGCGCCGCAAGCUUCUCCUCCUCCUAGACCGCCAAGUGCGGAGGACUCGGCACCCCCUCCUCAAAGACCUCCUCCUCCAGAUCUAACUCCACUAUUGUACUCAUAUCUCCAGGAUAUAACAAUACCUCCUGCAACCUUCUUUCCCACCCGGUCCCUGAGGGAGCGACCCCAUAUUGAGCAUCACGAUUCUCAGCAUCAGACUCCUCCACCACCGACCCGCCGAACAAAGCGGAAGCCUGCGGCUCCUCAUUCCGAAUCCAGUUCCGAUAACGGUAGACCCCGUCCUUCCCCUCGGCGAAUGCCUGCUCCAGUGAGGACACACGAGCCGACAAUAACUGAAGCUGGCGCUCAGUUCUUGCGCGUCUGCCACUCAUCCAUCAGCAGGACUAUAAGGAAUAUGUUUAACUCAUUCAUGUCGUACAUAAGCGGCACAGAAGACAAAAAAGACGUGCAGAUGGCUAUGGUAAUAUUCUUAGUGUUGAUAGCCGGCCUCAUCAUGUUCGGUCUGAGUGACAGCAAAACGGUUCACCACCAUCACUGGGAGUUCUUUAAUCCACCGGAUGGGAAACCAUGAUCUCGGCAAUUUGCCGUGUAUUGGUACAAAUCCAUUAACGUUGUAUAAUACUAAUUAGGUUUAAGUUCGACGGACUUGUUGGACGUGGAUGAGUUAUAAUAUUAUGGAAUUGAUAUAAUUAAGACUAACAUUUACAUGGUCUUACGUAAAACGUCAUGUAUGUAUACCACGAAGAAAUUAAUACUUUACCAAUAAACAUAAUAUGUGAUAUCUAGUCACCUUUCUAAUACUAUUUUACGUGUGUGUUACAAAAUUUUUCAUCGUGGCGUCCAAUCAAGUCCGGUAAUUUAUUGUAAAGUCGUGAACUGUAUGAUGCAAACGUUUAAUGGGAAGAAAGAUAUGCAUUUCAUGCGAACCAGACUUUCCACUACAGUUUAUUUUAAUACAAAUUUUAGUUAAUAUUUUAAUUGUAAGAAUAUUUGUUCAUAACUCCUGAUGGUGCUUAAAUCCGUGUGACAAGAAACAAACGAUUGUACGUAACUGAUUGCAUCGCUGUACAGGUUUAUUGCGUGCAUUAUUGUUUUAGAGAAACCAGAACAGAAAAUUAUAAUGUUUGUAGAGUAAGGGACAAAAUAAUUUCAACAAGCUGUUAAACAUUGUAGCUAAAUUAUCAAUGAAACUGAAGACUAAACAGAAGAAGUUACUACCGUUAGCUAAUACAAAACAGCGGCAGAAUUGUAUACAAUUCCUCCCUCAUUCAAUUAAGACUUGCACAAAAUCUCAGCAUUUGGAUUAAGUUUUCAGCUUUUACAGUUCACAGGUUAAUUCUGAAGUCAAUGUGACCUCAACUCAAAUGACAUUGUCAAGUUCGUAUCUGUCAGGUUGACAACUGCAUUUCGAUUCAGCGAUGCACCGCACCUAAAUGAAGCAUGACGAAGCACCGUCACAUCCUCUGUGCUCGUCACAUACACACCAAAUCCAAGAGUUAUUUUCUAUGAAUGUCUUAUCAUAAGUGCAUAUAAACACCUAUUACUUUGUUACCUAGUUAUAUAAUAAUAUAUUAACCGCACUGUUGACGUAGUGUUUCAAAUGGCGUUAUGCAUUUUGUAAAUUUCCUUUUUUGUUGUGUAAUUAUAAAGGAAAAUAAAAUUUGUUAAAUAAU